AUGACUGAUUCAACCUAUCAAGUCCCUGAUGCUCCUGACGCUAACCAACAACCUGUUCCAGAAGUUAACCAACAACCUCAAGAAACAGAACAACAACCUGUUCCAGAAGUUAACCAAGCACCUCAACCAGAAACUGUUCAACCUACUUCUGAAGUUCAACAACAAUUAGUUGAUCCAAAUGUACAACAACCCACACAACAAGAAACUGUUCAACCUACAGAAAAUCAAGCACCUCAACCAGAAGUUGUUCAACCUACUUCUGAAGUUCAACAACCAGUUAAUCCAAAUGUACAACAACCAGUUAAUCCAAAUGUACAACAACCAGUUAAUCCAAAUGUACAACAACCAAUGUACGCACAACCAAUGUACAAUCAGCCAAUGUAUGACCAAUCAACUCCAAUGGGUCAACCAGCACAACCAAUGUAUCCACAACCAACACAACCAAUGUAUAACCAAGCUCCAGGGUAUGCACAACCAUCACCAAUGGGUCAGCCAGCACAACAACCAAUUGUUGUUGUUCAAACACAAGGAACAGGAGCAUCACCACAAACCCAACUCCCAUUUGGAAGAGAUCCACAACAAGCAUUUUGUCCUCGUUGUAAUAUGACAGUUACAACAGUUGUAAAGUAUGAAGCUGGAGGUAUGGCAUGCCUUAUGUGUUGUAUUUUUACAUUGCUUGGAUUUUGUUGUUGUGGUCUUAUUUUCUGCUGUAUGCGAAAUUUCAAAAACGCAGUCCAUUUCUGUCCAAAUUGUAAAAAGAGGCUUGGUUCUAAAAGUGCUUGA